AUGUCUCUCUCUUCGUAUCACUUGCACUGGUCAGACGCGCUCAUCAAACGUGUGGAGGUGCGGCUGCGGCAGGUGCAUGCCUCGCUAGAAGAGUUUUACAAGCGUAAGAACUAUUUUAUUGGUUCCCAUUCAACCAGAACUGCCGAGAACGACGAGACGCAGCAUCAACAGGAGGACGGUCCCAUCAACUCGGUUGGCAGUUUCCUUCUGCGCACGUGUGUGCACUCCUCGCCGUUCUACGAAACUCAGGUGGAACACGGCGUGGGGGCGGAUAUUGCCCUUAAGAUACCGGAGGAGGUGUGCUCGCAGAAGGAUAUUCAUGAUGGCCACUACUUGGAGCGACGGCAGGCAUUUUUGCUCAAGUUGGAAAAGUUCCUGAAGAAGUACAAUGAACAAAUGAUGAGGGAAACAGCACAAGCGUUCGCAGCAAGGGGAGACGACGAUGACGGAGAUGAAACGGAUAGACCCGAACUGCGGUCGACUGUUCAAUGGGACGUUCGACGCGUUCCUGUUGGCGGCGGUUUUGUGAACACAGGUAAGGAGAUUCUGCGCAUAUGUUUUAUGAAGUCCAGGCACGGUGCGACCCGGCGGGAGGUGUUUCAUGUAGAUGUUCACUUACAACCCAUUUCCCUCACAGGCCGUAUUGCAAGUGCGGCGGCUAUUCGCAAGCACCCUUUCUACAGCUACCUUGUGCAGGAAGACGCCCUCAUGACGGUGCACCUUCGCAAACUACACGAGCUCUACUCGAAAAAUCAAGUGUUGCUACGUGCCACUGUGUUUCUAAAGUGUUGGGCAUACCACGUUGGACUCAUGUCACGCACCUCGGGACACCCAGAGGGUUUGAGUGGAUUUCACAUUUCUGCGCUGUUGCUGCGCCUCCUCGAAGAGGGUCUCAUAUCGCCCAAUAUGUCGGAAGAGAAUGUUGUACGCGCGGUGUGGGUGCAGCUUUCACGUGGGUUCACGCAAAAAGAAAGUUACAGCAACGGCCAAAAGAUGCCCAUUCCAGCGGCAGAGGAACGUGGUGAAGUGGCGGUGCUCCGCUUAGCAGGGGAAACUAUGAAUUUGUUUUUCCGUUCAUCCGCGGCCUUUUUCCAAAACAUUGUUAAAAAGGCCGCCGAUGAGGCGCUUCAACUACCACACUUCUCUGAGGUGUUUGUGACAGUUCCCUUUCAACCACUGCAACUUCGGCUGGAUAUCUGCUUCACUGUAGAGGGCCUCCGAGCGCACUUUGCGGAGGUGGAUAGUGCGCCUAUUGCAAAGAUAACCAGUGCCGCGUGGUCUGCAUCAGCGCAGCAGGUACAGGCGAUAAAAGAACUUGCUGAGGAGGCACUUGGCACACGCUCCAGUUACGCAACUGUGUGGCGGCGAAGCCAUGACUCUGUGUACAUUGCAGUGCAGCUGACAACAGAGGUAGAGGGACGAAACCGCCUCACGCGUGGCCCCGUUGUGGAGGAUACCGAGGCUGUUGAACGCUUUAACGCCUUCUGGGGGAAAGAUGUCACGUCAACGCGGCAGUUCCCAGAUGGUGGUAUUUACCGCUGUGUGCUGUGGACCUUUGAUGAGGACGUUGGUGCCCAUACGACCAUCGCUCUUUCUGCGGCAACUGUCAUGCGCCGGGUGUUGGCGUUUGCCCUGAAAAAGCACCUUUCCCCCACCGCAAAGGUCUCACUGCUUCUUGGCGGUCUGGAAGGGGCAGUGGCGGAACGCGUUGGUGCGGAAUGGCGCGAUGCCGCCCCAAUAAUGCAAAAAUCAUUAAUGGAGGCGUGCAGGAAGAUUGAAACGAUGAUAGUAGAGGUUCCACGUGCUGCGCUGCCGUGCAAGAUCAUAUCCUUGGACAUCAUCGCACCCAGCGAACGUCACACAGCCACAUUUCCUAUACGGCCGCAUCUUGCCCUCACGUACACCACCGAUGACCUCACACAGCCAACUUUUGCGGGGCUCACCACAGAACUGGUCAUUGAACCGGUUCACGGCGUUCUGACAAUUGACGAUAAGAAUAAGAUUCCCGAUACACCCGAAGCUAUUACCGCAAUUAAAGGAGCCAUUUGUGCUCAGCUGUCCAAGGUGUUGCAGGAGUACUACGGCGAUAACAGGAAACAGUGUAAGACACGCUCAAAGAAGUCUGUGAAAAAGGAGAAAGACACUCCGCACCAACAAACCCAAUGUGAAGCUCAAACAUUUUGUAUACGUACAUCCUGUACAAGUCAUUCGGUGGAUAUCAUUUACAAGGGAUAUCUAUUUCGUCUUUAUAUUGCGCACUAUCGUGAGGUAUCCCUGCUGAGGGCGCUGCAACGCGAAUCUGAGGCUGCUAUGAUUGAACGUAAACUGUUUUGGAGUGUACAACAUGCCAAAUUUUUGCGUACCGUGGCAUUUGGUCACCACACCUAUGCCAUGGCCGCUCGGUUAUCUCAACGGUGGUUGAGUGCAAUGCUUCUACUUGAAUUUAUUCUACCAGAGGCAGUGGAGCUGCUCGUUGCCAACGCAUACCUGGGUUCAAGCCCACCAAAGACAUCGGUGAGUGGGUUUGUGCGCUUUCUUCAGCUACUUGCCACUCAUGAUUGGUCAAGUCCGCUAGUGCUACCGUAUUCUGUAGAUAGUAAGCUGCAAGCAGACACUGCGGAGCUUGUGCGGACAAUGGGCGAGCAACAGGGCAUGUUUAUUGCCUCCCCGUAUGCUCCAAUGGAAAGUCCAUUCACAGCCCAUACUCCAAGACCAAUGAUUAUGCACCGUGUGGUGCAGCUGGCGAAAAGCGCCUUGGCGGUGUUGCUGGCCCAGCUUGAUGGAAGGGAGAUGCUGCGGUCCUUGGAAGGUUCGAUCUUCACAACCGACCCAACCGCCUUUGAUUUUCACAUGGCAUUUCAUCCGCAUCUUUUGCUUCAGCCGGACCGUCUUCUUGUACCUCCCUCUGCCGUUACGCAUAUCCCUUUGGCAGCGGGAACGAGUGCUGCUAACGGUGCUGCUCUAUCGCCUAUCCUUGGACCUGUGUCGGUGGGAGAAGCUACGGCAUCAGCUUCAGUGGUCCCACUACCUCCACGUAUUUGGCAACUGGAUGAGCUGGAGGAGGACCGGAGUCGCGUGUAUUUGACGGAGCUUGUCGAACGGGAACCCACCGCCCACGUUGUACGAAAUUUGCGUAUGGUUACGAGGGACCGUUGCAUGAUAUUCUACGAUUGCCUUGCACCGCACGGUAUUUACAUAAUCACCAUCACACCUUCUCCUAUGCGAGAGGUCUGCAUGCAACUCCACAACGACAUUAUUCGCGUCAGUCACGGGGCGCUUCUUCCCUCUUCCUGCUUGUCAGCUGUUGGAGCUGCAGAGAGGCGGAAGGCAAAAGUAGAAAGAAAACCGUCCCCCACGGUUGCCGUGAAAUCCACGAGAAGGAAGGCUGCAGCUGAGGUGAUCUCACGAAAGAGUUCCGGGAACGAGGUCGAAGAAGCAAGGUCACAGAAGCGACGCCGGACGGAUGUUGAAGAGGAAACCGUGGGAAUGACGCGGUGCCCCGAACGUCUCCAGGAGCGAAGCCGUCAAGAAACAACGGCACAUGCCACGAAGGCAAGGAAGAGUGACCGGACGGCAGGAACCGUAAGCCGGAAAAAGAAGGUAAAAUGA